CAGGGAGAGAGAGAUAGAGAGAGAGAGAGAGAGUGAGUGAAAAAGAGAGAGUGCAUGCAGCGCAGACACCGGCUUGACUGUGCUACUAAAGCAUUUCUUUGCGGUAUCUGAGAAAUGUUUCUAUUGAAGAGAAAUUUUUCCAGCAAUGCACUUUGCAUCCCGGUGUGUCUGCUGGAAAUUCGGCUCAUUCACUGACUAGGGCUCCGGCAUUCCCGACCCCCCUCCCUCUCCGGACCCCACUCAAUUGUCCUCCCCCCACGCUGCCCUCUGACUCACCUGAGAGAAGAUAACAGAGGACCCGCAGAUCCCUCCCCUCCGAAUUCUGCUCAUUCACCUGGAGAGAGAGGACAUAUGAGACACAGGAUGGACAACAGCUAUGCUCUCUCUCACGCAGCACUGGCUGAUUGACUCACUUCGGUUUUGGGAAGAGAAAAAGAGGAGCGCCGAGAAGAACUUGUGCUCUUCGGGAUUGGAAUUUAAAGAGAGACGGUCCUGAUCGCAGGAGCAAGGCUGUGCAGGAUGAUCAUAGGAAGCAUCAACCGAACGGGGGCCAUCCCUACAUUUCUGCGGACCCCUACAAUGAUCCAGCCUCAUCUGGAUAUGAAACCCUUCCUACAGUUUCCAAUGGAGACCCCUUCACCACACAGCGUUGGGCUUUUUCACAACUUCAACACGGUUGCACCAGGGGGGGCCAUAAUCGCUCGGCCUACAUCUAACCGAGACAAUGCCCCUACUCUGAGUCUUGUCUGGCAUCCAACAUCGGACCCCAGACCAACCUGGCUAACACCCCAUCCCUUUAUCAUGGAUCCUGUUCAGAAGGCAGUGAUCAACCACACCUUUGGAGUACCAUUGGUCAAGACCAAACGACCAGUCAUUUCCUGUAAUGUCUGCCAGAUCCGAUUUAACUCCGAGAGUCAGGCAGAAGCCCACUAUAAAGGGAACCGGCAUGCUCGGAGACUUAAAGGCAUCGAGACGUCCAAGAGCCGCCCACAAGAGAGUGACAAACCUCCUCCUGGACCCGUCUCUUCUCCGUCACCUACAGGAUCCCUGCCGGCCGUAUCCUCGGACACGGAUCCCAGUAAAGCAGAGGAGAUGCAGUCAGCUUUACAGUUAAACGGACCUGCGGUGGCCUCAGGGCCCGUGGUUGUUUCUGCUCCCCCAUCCCCAGAUUCUCCGAACCCUUCUACCUGUCCCAUUCUUUCCACCCCUGCUACACCUCAACAACCCCCGGCCAGUUCCUCAUCCCCCGGCUGUGGCUCCGCCAACUCGGAUCAAACAGGCACCGGUGCCCCUGGAGCAUCAUCAGUCACUCCCGGCAAUCCUGAGACUGAAGAGGACAAAGCCAAAAAGCUGCUUUACUGCUCACUGUGCAAAGUGGCCGUCAAUUCGCUCUCCCAGUUGGAGGCCCACAAUAAAGGCACUAAACACAAAACCAUCCUGGAAGCCCGGAGUGGACUGGGCCCUAUUAAGGCAUACCCACGGUUGGGUCCGAAGCCCAGCGGUGAGCAGGGAGGCGGGGCCACAGACCCCAACACUCAGGAACGCACCUUCCACUGUGAGAUCUGCAAUGUGCGGGUCAACUCAGAACUGCAGCUCAAACAGCACAUAUCAAGUCGAAGACACAGAGACGGAGUGGCAGGAAAGCCCAACCCUCUCCUAAGCCGACACAAGAAGCACAGGGGAGCUGACCUUGCGGAUCUCACCAAAGCGUUAGGCGCCGGCCUCCUGCCCAGUCCCCUUGCUGUUGCCGCAGCAAUGGCCGCUGCCGCUUCCUCCAACCAGCUUGCCCUCCGCGCCGCAGGUCCCGCACCCCACCCGCAUCAUCACCUCCUGCAAGGCCCACCCCUUAGCCACGCCAUCCUGAGACCAGCUCCCGGACCCAUCCGCACCUCGCACGGGCCGAUCCUCUUCUCUCCGUACUGACUCCACCCCCGACCCCCUUAGCCGACCACAGCCAGUCCGGAGCCUCACCUCCAAAAGCACACUGUGAAGAAUUCAAGAAAAUAAUAGCGAAACACCACAGCAAUGACAACAAUCGAAUCACUGAAAAUAAAAUCAAUCAUAAAGAUGGUGAGGGCGGGUGUGAAAAGACCUCAGUAGGCAUUCCGACCCGAUUUCCAUCAUCCCAGCCUGCCGGAUAGAGUGAUUUAUUCACUCAUGGAUGAUUGGACAAAUGCAGGGAUUGUUGGAAUAGAGCAAUAUAUAAAUAAAUAAAUAAGCUUGAUGCAUUUGACAUCUUCGUUCAUUAUCUUAUCACAUUCUAUCCUCUACAUAAACUGUACUGUGAGCUAGCAGCAUUGUAGCCACACAUGCUGGAAAUGGGUUAGGUACCUAUGGGGUUGAGGUCUUAUAAGACCCCCCCAAAAAAACAA